UUUUUGAAAGAAAAUGUGAAAAAAAAGUGCGUAUUAUAAUCAAGAUUUAACGGUAAGAUUAAUUUUAAAAACUGAUAACAUUAUUUAAAAUGUGAAAUUCAUCAUAAACUUUGCGUAAUUAAAAUGUUACAUAUUUCUUUUUUUAAUAUUAUUGUAUGAAUAUCUGCUCAAUAUAAAUUUUAAUAUCAUGUUAGUUUCAUUUCACUGUCAUAAGUAAAAAUUAAAGUAAAUUCAUCGUACAAUAGCAUCGUACUAAGCUUUGCGUAGUUUACAGAAAGAUUUGUUAUUAUAAUCUUGGAAUUAUGAUAACAGUAUUUAAAACUUAACGCUUGAAUAGACUUAAAAUAAACAUUUUUUUUUUUUCAAUCCAUGCACUAUUCAGUGUUCCGAGUUACAUCAUUAACUUAUGAUAAUUAUGCGAAACUAUUUACGGCUGUCAUGUUGGUUCACAAACAAAUAAACAAAGCAUAGUCAUGUCUUUAGCCAAAAGCAAAUAUUUUACUUGUCUUUCUGUUGAAAGCAAGCAACGAUAUCUUCAUAAAAUUUCUCAAAUAAAUAAUUUAGAUCCUUACAGUUUAGUGCAAUCUGACUUGGUGUUUUCAGUAGAUUUUUAUCCUAAAAUAGGUUACCCUGAUAUUGUAAGUUAUUUAAUGUUUGCUCCAUCUCCUAUAUCCGCUAAUGAACUAAAGUGCUAUAAAAGUUUGGAGAAUUUUUUCCUCUCUGGUUGCGUCAAGGAAAUCGGUUUAAAGUUAUUUGAUGAAAAAUGUUUGGUUAUUGGAAAGGUUUAUCAUUCUUAAAAGCAUAAAGAAACGGCAGCUUCAACAUGGAUUAUUUCUGAAAUGGAUGGUAAAGUAAUAUAUGCUCAUUGUAACUGCAUGGCUGGUCUCCGAAAGACAUGUUCUCACAUUGGAGCAGUUUUAUUUUAUAUUGAUGCUGCUGUCAGAAUUCGUGAUUCUAAGACAGUUACAGAAAAAAAAGCAUAUUGGAUGCUUCCAUCUUCAAUCAAAGAUAUUCCAUAUGCAGAAUGCAUUGAUAUAGAUUUUACCUCCCCAAAUACUUUAAAACGAAAAUUUGAUGAAGAAAUAUUAAACGAAUCUACCUGUAGUGGAUUUCUAAAUGAUAAAAAAAGCGAUGCAUUAUCAAGUAGUUAUAUUUGCACUCCUCCAACUCAGAAUGAACUUGAUGCAUUUUUCAAUGAUCUGAGCCUCUGCAAGUCAAAGCCAGCUAUUUUGUCGAUUAUAUCCCCUUACAGUGUAGAUUACCAACCCUCAUCGUUAAAAUUGCAAUUUCCAAAAAUGUUGCGGGAACUUUAUGAUUCUUCAGCUUUAUCUCUUAGUUACCUAGAUUUAUGUAAACAAUGUGAAACUUUAAGUUUGUCUGUAUCGGAGGUUGAGCAGUUUAAUGUUGAGAAAGCUACAAGAGAGCAAGUUUUUUCAAAAAAAUGGUUUUAUUUUCGAGCAGGGAGAAUUACAGCAUCAAACAUGUAUGUUGUAUUACACACGCUUGAAGCCAUGCCUGCCUUAUCAUUAAUUAAAAAAAUUUGUUACCCUGAAAGUUACAAAGUUAGUUGAUGUCAAA